AUGUGAAUGCAAGCGUGCGUACACGCUGUGACGCUUUCUCCCGCUCAUUUCACGCUUGGUUCAAAGACUCAUAAGCCACUCAGCUGCCCUCAACUACACGUGGCUCUUGAGACGAUUAUACCAAGACGCUGACCUCUGGCACCAUUGGAGGGGAUUCUUGAUACCGGAUCCCAGUGAUAGACUACAUAUCACCACCCAAAGCAGACUGUCACUAUAUCGUGAGAUUCCGCCCCGCGAGUGUUGGAGUUCCUCAUCUUCCACGCCUCAACUCCAAAUACCAGAACCAUGUUCUUCAAGAGCAAACUACUCCUCUCAUUCGUGGGCCUUGCUAGCGUCAUCGCCGCUCCAACGAAGCAACCCCGUCUUGAAGACCUCCAGUGCCGCUGCCUCACCUUCUCCACAAGUGCCGCACCUACGCUUUGCUCUUACCAGGAACUACUCACACUCGACUGGGACACGGCUUACUCGCUUGCAACCGUCAACGAUCUCAAGAUACAGUUCGCUAGUAAGAAAGCCAUGACCAAAGUUCUUGCACUUCCCAAGCCUGUGCCUACCAGUAUCCUCUUGAGCGUUCAUGAGGGACAGGUACGGCCAUUGGACCCGGCGAAGAAGGUGCAGAAUGAGAAUAGAAUUGUCUGCGGGUUCGGAGAUGAGGUUGAGCACGUGGGGGAUCAUGAAAAGAGCCUAGAGGUAGAGGUGCAUUAUGUCGGAACCGUGCUGGGGCUGUUCAUGUUGCUCCUCAUCAUCUACCUUGUUGGAGACUAUCUGUGGACUAGAUACAUCUCUCGUGUCGGAAGCAUAAAACUGGAAGGAGAUGAAAAGACUUUGACAGCCGAGUUCGAAACGUCGACGAACAACUUGUCAAUCGACUACCCUUGAUCAACCUCGCGGCUUCGACUACUUUGUCCUACACUGUUCAUAUCAAAGACCUUCAUUGAAAGGCAUCUCAAGGGUGCAGUUGCACAGACGGGUUUCCCUUGUAAGCAGGGACCAUGACAAAGAACUCGCCCGAUCCGACUCCUACCUACCAACCUCAGCUGUGAUUCCGGAUAGACAUGUCUGCAGAGCCUCAUUAUUCACACGAUCGUCUUCGAGGUCUGUCGCUCACGUUGACAGGAGUCAACAGAGCGUAGUACACUCCCCGAAUCCUUUGUGAGGAUUCGGCAGAGCAUCAUCACCCAUGUGCGUUUCUGUAGAGGUGUCUCAGUCUGCCUGUUGUC